CAAAUAAAAGUGAAGAGGAAACAGAAAGAGGGACAAAAGAAGACGAAAGAGACAACGGAGGAAGAGAAAGACAAGAAACAGAACGAGCAUUGAAAGAAAGGAAAAAGAAAGUCCAGGAGUAUUGCAGAAGCUACAAAGUGGAGGAAAAUCUACGCAACACAAUACAGAAUAACAUUUUCUUCCUCUGGAACUACAAAGUCUCCACCUGUAUAAUUGAAAAGGUCGGCUCCAUGUCGUGGCGUCGGAGAAUCUGCGACCUGAACCACAUCAAGACCAACACACACGACCCCAGAAGAAGACGUCUACUCAGGAAGCCCCAGGAAGUCGUCUUAAGGAACAUAGCCGCUACGUCGAGCAUUGUGACCGUGAGACAUCCCUUGACUCGAUUAGUGUCCUGCUACAGAGAUAAGUUUGAAAAUGGUGCUCAUCCUUCCCUACACGAGAGACAUUGGAGGGACUUCUACAUGCCUACCUUAUUCUGCAAUGGACGCAUCCCUCCAGAUCUACACCUUAAGAUAGGCCUACAAGACCCUCUCGAACCUGGAAAAAACUACCCCAUGAGCGUCUUCAUUGCGAUCGACAAGUUGCUGCAACCGACUUUCACCUUUACGGAAUUCCUCCACAAUGUCGUGCAGUCAUUUGCGGAGAACAGAGUCAACCGACACUGGAACACCUACACGGCCAUGUGUUCUCCCUGCACUGUGGACUACACCUACGUGACCAAACUGGAAUCCCAAGCACGAGAAAUGGACUACAUCUUCCCGACGGUAGGCCUACCCAAGGACCUGGCUGAGGUGAUGGACCACUCGACCAGCACUGACCACCAUAAGGACGAGACUUAUAUCAGGUUGUUCGAGCUAUAUCUGUUGUUUGGAGAAUGA